AUGACCAGUGGUGUCCGUUCCUCUCCACAAAUCCCACCCCAUGCCAUCACGCUGCCGCCACCACACGGUGCCACCUCCUGGACGAAUGAUGCAGCCGUUAGUUCCCCUGUUCGACGAAACUGUUUGCUGUUGGCGGCUUUAGUUGCCCUGGUGUCGCUCCUGUUUUUCUCCUCACAAAAUUACACAGUCAACACUUUCUAUACGCCUUACGGGUUUUCACAAUGGAGAGCAAACUGGUCCCGACGAGAUCCCGUGUGCACAGAGAGGAGAAGAGUGGCCUUUGUAAAGGUUCACAAGGCCGCGAGCACAACAGUUACUACCAUUCUACAAAGGUUCGGAUUUUCAAGAAACCUCACGUUUGCUCUUCCGCCCAAGAAUGACAUAUGGCACUUAGGAUUUUUUGAAACUCUAAAGCCAGAAAAGCUGUCCCCGAUUCCUAAAGGAAAGGUCUAUGAAAUUCUGUGUCAGCAUGUUGUGUACAGCCAAGAGGCGUUUAAGAAGUACCUUCCUCCAGAUAUCGCUGUCAUAGCGGCGGUCAGAGAGCCACUCGACCGAUUCGUGUCGUCUUUCUUGUAUUUCCACCAGUAUCCAACAUCUGUGAAGCAAAAAUCGACGGUGAAUGGAAAUGACAUUAUGUUGAUGAGAGAGUUUCUGAAAAACCCAGAGUUUUACGAGCCAGCGGUCUUUCAACGGGGAUCUUUAGCUGUCAACCGGAUGUCCUUUGACUUCGGCAUCCCUAAAUCCCAAUACAGGAACGCGAGUUUUGUGGACAAGUACAUUAAAAUGGUGGACGAACAUAUGGAAUUUGUUUUGGUUGCUGAUCAUUUUGACGCGUCUCUGGUGAUUUUAAAACGAAAACUCUGUUGGUCAACUAAAGAUAUUCUGUAUAAAGUACAACAUAAGGGUAUGAAGCAAAAACUCGCCAUUCCUGAAGAUAUGAGACAACGCUUGAAAAAUCUUUCUCCAUCAGACUUUCAGCUUUACGAUUACUUUAGUAGGAAGUUUCAGCGAAUAGCGCAAGCUGAGCUUAACUUGUCGGAAGAGGUGAGCAUUUUCCAAGAAACAUUGAAAAAUGUGACUAGAUUCUGUGGCGGUCUGAGCAAAAGUGGACCUCAGUUCAAGCAUUUUGAAAAGACGCAAUUUUCCCACGAAUUUAACAUCACUAAGUUGGACUGUGAUUAUCUUAGUUUUAAAGAAGAAGUAUUCAUAAAAUUGCUGUGGAAAAAUCAGGCGAUAUAA